AAAAGAAUUAAAGAAGUUAAAGAAAAGAUGGAGAUAUCCACGAGAGAAAAAGAAAGUUGAUUUGUUUAGUCAUGUUGUUUUCCCCCAAGAGAAAGUAAAUGGAGUUUGGGUUUACAAAAUUGAGAGCAACCGAUUACUCAUUAAGCAAGGUUCAGCAGUGGAACAAUCAAAAAGAAAUCUUGCCAUUAAACUCAAAUAUCACCGACCAAUCCAAGGAAAAAUUAAGACCUUAACUGUUGCUUGGAAAAAUAAUAAGUAUUAUGCCAAUUUUUCUUGCCAACUGCCAAAGCCAAAACAACUCUCUAUUAAUGAAAUAAAAAGACAGUUGGGUAUUGAUAUUGGAAUAGCAGAAAAGUUGAAAAAGUUGUAUCAUUCAUUGAGUAGAAAACAACAUAAAAGGAAUGAGAGUGAUUUGACUAAAAAUAGCAAACAUUUUGAAAAAGCCAGAUUAAGGCUGAUGAAAGCAUUUAGAAAAGUGGCUCGUCGGAUAAAUGACCGCAACCAUAAAUUAAGUAGAAAAAUAGUAGAUAAGUUUGAUUUGAUUGCUUAUGAGGAUUUGAAAUUAAGUAAAACAUUUGAGAAGCGAGAUAAAAAAAGGAAGUUUAGCAAAUACACAGUUGAGGAAUUAUCAAGAUUAAAAAUCGCUGACUUCUUUACUAAACUGGAUUACAAGGCAAAAUUGAAAGGGAAAAUACCCCGACCAGUUGACCCAAGCAAUACCAGCAAAAGGUGCUUCGAAUGUGGAAAAAUCAAUCAAGAUUUAGAAAAACGAAGAUGGUUCAUUUGUGCUAGUCCACUUUGUGAUUAUGAA